AUGGUGGUGGAUACUCGCAGCAACAGCCGGAUGACGGACGCUGCGCUCAGUGUGUCCCUGUCGCCACUGCUGCCGAGCUCCGUGGAGGACGAGACGCCGCCGGGUGUCUCCGGCAUAGACGAAGGCAAGCGCGUGCGCUUCCAGCCCGUGUUCCAGCCCACCCACACAGUAUUCACCCCCAAGCUGAGCGAGACGAGCUCGCUGCGGUACCGAAAGCCUGAUGACCGCGUAGUGGGCAGCACCAGCCUAGCGCCGCCCAGCUCCGUGUCUUCAAUCGCGCAACCCAACUACGACGACUUUCUGCGACGUGUGAGCGUCGUGCUGUACCAACAUAUCAGACGCUGCGAGAAGCGGCAUAGAGAGCAGCAACGCGGCACCGGCACCGGCAACAUUGGAGGCAUUUCCACGGCAAUUGCAGCUGCGGUGUCGGCCCUCAAGACGCCAGAAGAAAGAAACCUAAACGAGUCUCGAUCUCCCACUUUGACGGAGGAGACGGCGACAUACAACGACCACAACACAGACGACACUUCCGCAACGUAUGAAGUGGUCGACGCUACAGCAAGAGACGAGGGAAACACCACGAAUCCGAGUAGUAUUUCCUCUCCGCGACUCGUGGAUUUGCCCGUGGACGAAACCUUCCGAGAGGAACAUUUCGUCACUCCGCAGUACAAGUAUACCUUUGUGAGGCUGCCCCGAGUGCACCCAUUGACGGUCUACCGGAUGGAGAAAAUCACGUCCAAGAGACACGUCCCCAGCGUGGACGAGAUCUUCCGCUUCUGCAAGAACUUGUUCAACAAGGCGCAGCUCAGUGCCGAGUGCACGAUCGUGUGUUUGAUCUACAUCGAGAGACUGAUGGAGCAGGCCAAUGUGCCGCUGCUGGCAGCAACCUGGAGGCCCAUUGUGGUGUGUGGCCUGCUACUGGCGUCCAAAGUGUGGCAAGACUUGAGCUCGUGGAAUGUCGAGAUCAGCAAUAUUUAUCCGCAGUUCUCGCUGCACUCGAUCAACCGCCUGGAGCGGCUCUUCCUGCACCACAUCCAGUGGGACCUCUACAUCUCCGCGUCUGUGUAUGCGAAAUACUACUUUGCGCUGCGUUCUCUAACGGAGAAGAAGGACUUUCGACGUCGGUAUAAUUACACCAUGCGGGUGGACCCGCCCAACUCGAAGCGCCUGGAAGAACGAAGCGCUGCAGUCAAGAACGAGCUGUACUCCAAGAGUCUAUGACGUGAAUUACUGGAUAUGAUUUACUUUGCUAUU